CCGGCUCGCCCUGCCCGGCGCCCCCUGGCCCGGCCCUCGGUACCGCGCCCGCGGCCCAGCCCGCUCCCGGGGAGCGCGGCGCCGCUGCUCCGAGCCUUUCCAUCGCCCGCGUCCCUCGGCACCUGCGCGGGGGCACCGCGCCGCCCCGCCAGCCCGUCAGACGCUGGGCCGCGCCCCGCCCCGUCACCUGACCGCCGGGGCCGCGCCCGCCGCCCCCUCCCCUCCUCCGCCUGCCCUCCCGGUCGGUACGGCGCGGCGCGGCGCGGCUGGCGUGCGGUGGGGCCCGCCUCCGCCAUGGUGCUGGAGUCGGUGGUGGCGGAUCUUCUGAACCGCUUCCUGGGCGACUAUGUGGAGAACCUGAACAAGUCUCAGCUCAAGCUGGGCAUAUGGGGGGGUAAUGUGGCACUUGACAAUUUACAGAUAAAGGAGAAUGCAUUAAGUGAACUGGAUGUACCUUUUAGAAUAAAAGUUGGCCAGAUAGAUAAACUUACUCUGAAGAUUCCUUGGAAGAAUCUGUAUGGCGAGGCAGUUGUUGCAACUCUAGAAGGCUUAUAUCUUCUGAUAGUUCCUGGAGCAAGCAUUAAAUAUGAUGCAGAGAAGGAAGAAAAAUACUUGCAGGAUAAUAAACAGAAGGAACUGGCAAGGAUUGAGGAGGCCUUGCAGAAAGCAGCAGAAAAAGGCACUCAUUCACAAGAUUCCUUGUAUGGGUUGGAGAGUCUGAUUUACAAGGAUGCUAAGCCUGGACGUAAGCGUAAAAAGUAUAAAAAGCAUUUUAAGAGGCCCUUUAAAGGUCAUGAUCACUCAAAAGACAAACCAAAGGAGGAGAAGAAAGAUACUUUCUUGGAAAAGCUUGCAACUCAAGUUAUAAAAAAUGUACAAGUCAAAAUCACAGGCAUUCAUGUUAAAUACGAAGAUGAUGUCACAGAUCCACAGUCUCCAAUUUCCUUGGGAAUGACGUUGGGCGAGCUUAGUUUAAUGACAACAAAUGAGAACUGGACACCUUCUAUUCUGAAUGAAGCUGCAAAAAUAAUCUACAAGCUUUUGUGCCUGGACAGCCUCAGUGCUUAUUGGAACAUAGAGAGCAAAAUGUAUUAUCAUGGCUCCCGUGAACAAAUACUGGAUCAGCUGAAAAGAGGAAUUCCAUGUAGUGGUAACCAGCUGCAAGACUACCAGUACAUUUUUAGACCAGUAUCAGCCUCUGCAAGACUCUAUAUCAACCCAUAUGCGGAAGUAGAAUUAAAAACUCCCAAGAUUGAUUGUAAUGUAGAAGUACAGAGAAUUGUCAUUGAAUUCACUAAGCCACAGUACCUCAGUAUGAUAGACCUUCUGGAGUCCAUAGAUUACAUGGUUCGCAAUGCACCAUACAGAAGAUUUAGGCCGAAUGUGUGUCUCCAUAAAAAUGCCAGACAGUGGUGGAAAUAUGCAGGUAGCAGUGUUCUUGAAGUUCACAUCAAAAGACAUACUCGAAUGUGGUCAUGGAAUAACAUAAAACAGCAUAGGCAGCUUCUGAAGAGUUACAAAAAUAUGUACAAGAACAAGCUGACACAGAGUAAACUGUCAGAAGAAACACAGAGGCAGAUUCAGGACCUAGAAAGAAAGCUUGAUGUCUUCAAUAUAAUCUUAGCAAGACAACAAGCACAAGUUGAGACAAUAAGAUCAGGACAAAAACUAUUGAAGAAGAAAACCACUGAAGUAGAAAAAAAAGGUGGAGGAUGGUUUGGUGGUUUCUGGGGUAGAAGAGAAUCUCGGAAAAAGGAAGAUGAAGAAUCACCUGUUCCUGAAACUAUUGAUGAGCUAAUGACACCAGAAGAGAAAGCUAAGCUUUUUACUGCUAUUGGAUACAGUGACAGCUCCCAUCACCUUUCAUUACCAAAGCAGUACAUUGCCCACGUUGUGACACUGAAGCUGUUAAGCACUUCUCUUACAAUUAAAGAAGACAAGAAUGCAGCAGAAACUCUUAAAGUACAGAUAAUUGAUCUGAGUACCAAAAUAUCACAGCGCCCAGGAGCACAAGGCAUUAAAGUUGAAGCAAAGCUCGAAAACUGGUACGUUACAGGCCUGAGACAAGAAAACACGGUACCAUCUCUUGUGGCUUCCAUAGGAGAUAGCAAGUCUUCUCUACUUCAGAUAGAGUUUAAUAUUAACCCAGAGGAUAGUACUGCUGACCAGAGCCUCACUAUUGAAUCACAGCCUGUGGAAAUAAAAUAUGAUGCAAGAACAAUAAAUGCAAUGGUAGAAUUCUUUCAGACAAGUAAGGGCAUGGAUCUUGAAAGAUUAACAUCAGCCACAUUAAUGAAGCUGGAAGAAAUCAAGGAAAGAACUGCUACAGGAUUAGCUCAUAUUAUUGAAAUGAGGAAAGUCCUUGACUUGAAGAUUUAUCUGAAACCUUCCUACCUUGUGGUUCCACAGACGGGUUUCUACCAUGAAAAAUCAGAUUUGCUAAUUUUGGACUUCGGUACAUUUCAGCUGAACAGCAUAAAUCAAGGCAGUAGCCAAGCUUCUAGCUUUUCAUCUUUAGAAGAAAUUAUGGACAAAGCUUAUGACAAGUUUGACGUGGAAAUAAAAAAUGUGCAACUUCUUUAUGGAAGAAAAGGUGAAGACUGGAAGAAGGCUCGUUUUCAACAUCCAUCAACUUUGCACAUAUUACAGCCUAUGGAUAUUCAUGUACAGUUGGCAAAGUCGAUGGUGGAAAGAGAUACCAGGAUGCCAAAGUUUAAAGUGUCAGGAGGACUUCCUUUGGUGCAUGUCAGACUCUCUGACCAGAAAAUCAAGGCAAUUUUUGAUCUGAUUGAUAGCAUUCCAUUGCCUCAGAAGUCGUCUGUGUCAAUUCCAAGCACAAAGGUACUGGCUAUUCCCACAAUUCCUGUUGUUAGUAAAGGAUUACUUGAUACACCCCAGUUGUUAGCAGAAAUAAUUUCAGACUCUGAAGAAGAAUAUUUUGAUUUUGAGGAAAGUUCUGAACCAACUGACAGGUCGCUAAUUAAAGGAGGAGAAAUAAGAAAUAAGGAGCCUGCUAAAGAGGAACUGACAGAUCUUCAGUUGAAGUUUGAAAUUAAAGAGGUUUUAGUAGAACUCACCAGGCAAAAGAAAACUGAGGAAGUGGUACUUGUAUUUGAUGUAAUGCAUCUUGGGACAGAAGCUACUGUCAAAACCUAUCAUUUAGCAGCUGUAUCUUAUUUAAAGAAAAUAAACUUGGAUUACUAUGAAAUUGGAGGUAAAAAAGCACCCAUUCAUCUAAUUAGUUCUUCAGAUAAACCUGGAUUAGACCUUCUGAAGGUGGAAUAUAUCAAGGCUGACAGAAAUGGGCCACACUUCCAGACAACAUUUGACAACACUGAACAGAUGAUUCAAGUAGUAUUUUCGUCAUUGAACCUUCUACUGCAUACAGAGGCCCUUAUGUCUACUGUCAGUUUUUUGACAGCUGUUAGUCCAUCAGGCAAUGGAAGUAGUGGAGACGCACCAAAUAAAGAUGAAAAGCAAGAAGAUGAAACUAGACUGAAGAAAGUGGCUAGACCUUCCAAGGAUAAGGAUGUCUUUGACUUCAAGUUUUUUGCCAAACUGGAUGCCUUCUGUUUAAGUAUUUGCGAUGAAAAGAAGAAUAUUGCAGAGAUCAAGAUACAAGGUCUUGACUCAUCUCUUCUCCUUCAGCCGUGUCACACUGUAUUCUUUGCCCGACUUAAAGACAUAGUUGUCACCGAUGUUGAUUCAAGGACCCUUCAUAAAAAAGCUGUGUCUAUAGUUGGAGAUGAAGUUUUCAGUUUCAAUCUGGCAUUAGAUCCAUAUGCUACUGAGGGAGAAGCCUACGCUGACAUGUCAAAAGUGGAUGGUACCGUAUCUUUGAAAGUAGGCUGCAUUCAGAUAGUAUACCUUCACAAAUUUCUUAUGUCUCUUCUGACCUUCUUGAACAACUUUCAGACAGCUAAGGAGGCACUGAGUGCUGCUACAGUCCAAGCUGCAGAAAAGGCUGCUACCAGUGUAAAAGACCUGGCUCAAAGGAGUUUUCGACUUUCGAUGGACAUAAACUUGAAAGCACCAGUUAUAGUCAUUCCUCAGUCCUCAGUUUCCCCCAAUGUUAUAGUAGUAGAUCUUGGCUUGAUUAAGGUUCAGAACCAGUUUAGUUUGGUGUCUCCAGAAGGCAGUUCGCUCCCGCCAGUCAUUGACAAAAUGGAUGUGCAGCUGACGAAGCUGAAACUGUCCAGGACCACUAUGGAGACAGGUUUGUCACAUCCAGACAUUCAAAUACUUCGUCCUAUUAAUUUAAGCCUGUCUGUGAAACGAAAUCUGUCUGCAACUUGGUUUCACAAAUUGCCAGUAUUGGAGAUCAGGGGGAGUCUGGAUACAAUGAAUGUUGUGUUAAGUCAAGAGGAUUUGAAUGUCUUUCUCAAAGUGUUGACAGAAAACCUUGGUGAAGCAGAAGAACAAACUCAUGCAAAACCAGUACUGCAAAAGGAAGGUAAAACUAAAGAAAUGGAGAAAUCAGUUUUGGCGCAGGAUAAGUGUGUUGCAGAAGGAAUGCUGCCUGAAAAGAGAAAAACCCCAUUAAAUGAAGAUGUAAUCAAUAUGCUACUUAAUUUUGAAAUCAAAGAGGUUGUAAUAACCUUGAUGAAGCAGGUUCAGAAGGAGAGAUACCCAUUACAUGUUCUAACUGUGCUACAGCUUGGAACUGAAACCAAAGUUAAAAAUCAUGAAUUGAGUGCAGCAGCAUAUCUGAAAAAAAUUACUAUGAGAUGCAUUGAAAUAAGUGACACAAAAGGAGAUCCUCUUUGCAUUAUUAAUUCUUCAAGUGAGACAGAUGAACAUCUUCUGAAAAUGGAAUACAUUAAGGCUGAUGUUGAUGGACCAGCUUUUGUUACUACUUAUGGAAGUACCAAGCAAAACAUCAAUGUCACUUUUUCAUCUUUGGAUAUAGUACUUCACACAGAAGCUUUGCUUUCCAUCAUAAGUUUUCUUACAUUCAGUGUUCCAUCAGGUGGUUUUCCCAGCACUGAUAAAACAUCAGACCACAAGCCGCAAAUAAAAGAACAAGAAAAAGGCAGUACUCUUAGAGCAGUGCCCAGUAAUGCAGCCCGUGAUGAUAUCUGUGAAUUAAAACUCACUGCAAAGCUAAAUGCAUUCGGUAUUACAGUGUGUGAUCAGACCUGUAGCAUUGCAGACAUUAGAAUACAAGGAAUGGAUGCAUCUAUAGCUAUGAAACCUAAAAAGAUUAAAGUGUUCUCCAGACUUGAGGACAUUGUUAUUACAAAUGUUGAUCCAAAAACAGUCCAUAAAAAGGCUGUCUCCAUAAUGGGAGAUGAAGUGUUUAGAUUUCACAUGUCACUUUAUCCAGAUGCUACCGCAGGGGAAGCUUAUGCUGAUAUGUCAAGGGUGGAUGGAAAAAUGUCUCUGAAAGUAGGCUGCAUCCAAAUAAUUUACCUACAUAGAUUCUUCCUGUCUCUCUUGAACUUCCUAAACAAUUUCCAAACGGCACAAGAGGCCCUGACUGCAGUUACUGUCCAGGCAGCAGAAAAGGCUGCUUCCAGCAUGAAAGACUUUGCUAAAAAGAGCUUCCGCCUCUUAAUGGAUGUCAACUUGAAAGCUCCAGUUAUAGUUGUUCCUGAGUCUUCAACUUCAUACAAUGCUUUGGUAGCUGAUCUUGGCUUAAUCAGAGUUCAGAAUGAAUUCAAGCUGGUGUCUUCAGAUGAAUCUCCUCUUCCUCCAGUCAUUGACAACAUGGAUGUGCAACUAAGUCAUUUGAAAUUAUCAAGGUGUGUUAUAUCCACAGAUUCUCAACCAUUUCAUGAAAUUCUGUGUCCUGUGAGUUUGACUUUACUGGUCCAGAGAAAUUUAGCAGCAACUUGGUAUCAUAAAACCCCAACAAUUGGUAUCAAAGGAGACCUAAAACCAAUGCAGAUUGCACUCAGUGAAGAUGAUCUAACUGUGGUCAUGAAAAUUUUACUUGAAAACCUUGGAGGGGCUUCUUCCCAGCCAACUACUGUGCAAGAGAACAUUGAAGAUACACAGAUACUUCAAAAAGGGAAAGUUCCAAAUGAAUCUGAUUUCUGUGAGGGUCGUCUUGCUUUUGGAGAAAUAGAUGCUUCUGCAGUUCAGUCUUCUGUGGAAUGCAAUACAACGCUUAAAUUUGACUUCAAUUUUGAGUCACUUUCAGUAACUCUCUACAAUAGUGAUACAAAUCAGAAGUCCCUGCUUUCACUGCAUAGUGACAAAUUACGCCUUGGUGAACUCCGAUUGCAUCUCAUGGCAUCAUCAGGGAAGAUGUUUUCAGAUGGCUCAAUGGAUAUUAGUGUUAAACUCAAGGCGUGUACCCUGGAUGAUCUCAGAGAAGGAAUUCAGAAUGUGACUGCAAGAAUGAUAGACAAGAAAGAUGACACAAAUGACAGUUCUAUGAUAGAUAUAAACUACAAGCAGGAUAAAAAUGGAACUGAAGUAAUUGCUCUCCUUGACAAGCUGUACAUAUGUGCCAGUAUGGAGUUUUUGUUGACAGUAGCAGAUUUUUUCAUUAACUCAAUGCCAGCAUCCUCAACUGAAAGAUCUGCACAGUUCCAAUUAAAGCAUGUUGCUUCUGGGAAAUCCAAGACAGAAACAGAAAUAUCUGUACGGCAAAAUAUGACAGUAAAAGCUGUGAUCAUGGAUCCAGAAAUCGUUUUUGUUGCUAAUUUGACCAGUGCGGAUGCCCCUGCCUUAAAAGUGUCCUUCCAAUGUGACUUUUCUUUGACAUCUGGAAAGCUCGCACAGAGGAUGACUGCUCAAGUUAAGGGAUUCAAAGUGUUGGCCUGUGCCUUUCUCAAAGAAAAACAAGACAAAAGUGUUACUACGGUGUUACGACCAUGUUCUUUGGUCAUGGAAAAUAUGGUGCAUGUCUCAGGGUUACAAACUGUGGUAGUAACAGUAGAAGAACUUACUAUAAAGAUCUCACCAAUAAUUUUAAACACUGUAAUGACCAUUAUGGCUGCCAUAAAACCCAAAACAAUAGAGGAGGAUUCUAGAGGAGCACCUGAAGUUUCUGAGAAUUUGUGGCAAGUGAAGCCUAUAGAUGAGUGCAAUGCUUGGUUUCUUGGUGUUGAUGUAGCUACAGAAGCAACAGAAACUUUUAAGGACCGGGAACAUGUUCUGAAACAAGAGAAAUUCGACAUUGUGGUGAAAUCAGUUCAGGUCACCUUGGAAUGUGGCCUGGGUCAUCGUACUGUCCCUUUAUUGUUAGUGGAAUCUGUGUUUUCAGGUGUCCUUAAAAACUGGUCUUCGCUGAUGGAGGUCACUGCUGAUAUGUCACUGGAGGUUCAUUAUUACAAUGAAACCUAUGCAGUGUGGGAGCCACUUAUUGAACGAAUUGAAGGAGGAAAGAAGCAAUGGAGUUUAAAGCUGGAAAUGAAGACUAACCCUGUCCAAGAGAGAAGUUUGAUGCCUGGGGACGAUUUCAUUGUUCUUCCUGAGCCGCAAACUGCAGUUAACAUCUCUUCAAAGGAUACGAUGAAUAUAACAAUAUCCAAAUGUUGUCUUGCUGUUUUCAGUAAUUUAGCCAAGGCAUUUUCAGAAGGGACCGCAUCCACGUUUGACUACUCCUUUAAAGAGACAGCACCUUUCAUUGUUAAAAAUGCCCUCGGUGUUCCUCUCAAAGUGCUUCCUAGCUCCAGUUUUCGGAUCGUUGGUUCAGAAAAAGAAAACAAGAAUGACAUAGAAAGUGGUCAGAACGUGGAACUGGAAUACUCCGUUUUUGAAACACCCCAACGAGGGAAGUUGUCUGCGUUGUGCCGACAAGAAAGCUCAGUCUUCUCUGUAAAUUUAGAACUUCAAGGAUAUAAAGAAGUGGUAAACAUUCCCAUAGCCAAACCAGGUCGACGACUGUACAACGUAAGAAGCCUUCUCGCUAACCAUUCAGACUCGAUUAUUGUACAGAUAGAUGCUACAGAAGGAAAUAAGGUUGUUACUUUACGAUCUCCUCUGCAGAUAAAGAACCAUUUCUCAAUCCCAUUUAUGAUAUAUAAACUGGCUAGAGACUCCAAGUUCCUGGAGCCAAUUGGCAUAUCCAAGCCAGAAGAGGAAUUUCAUGUUCCUUUACACUCAUACAGGUGUCAUCUGUAUGUUCGACCAACGGGUGUGUUGGAGGGUCAGUUUAAAGAGUCCACGACUUACAUUGCCUGGAGGGAAGAGCUACAUAGGAGCAAUGAAGUGAAGUGCUUGUUGCAGUGUCCAGCCACUGAGACAAACUUCUUGCCUCUGAUAAUCAGCUCAACAGCUGUACCUGAUGAACUAAAUUUUAUUUCAACUUAUGAAGAGGAGUGGGAUCCUGCCUACAUCAUUCACUUUUACCCUACAUUGACUUUGAGGAAUCUGUUACCAUACUCCUUGAGGUACUUACUUGAGGGGACAGCAGAAGCCCGUGAAUUGCCUGAAGGGAUUGCUGCGGAUGUUUUUCAUUCAAGAAUCCAUGGAGAAAUAAUGGAGCUUGUGUUGGUAAAAUACCAAGGCAAAGACUGGAAUGGACAUCUCAGAAUUUGUGAUGGGAUGCCUGAAUUUUUUUCUUUGUGUUUCACAUCCCAUUCUGCAACAGUGAUGACAGUGGAUAUUUACGUACAUACUAGGCGAAUUGGAAGCCGUAUGAUCUUGUCUGUGUUCAGUCCUUACUGGAUAAUCAACAAGACUUCCCGUAUUCUCCAGUAUCGAGCCGAAGACAUACACGUGAAGCAUCCAGCAGACUACAGAGAUAUUGUUUUGUUCUCCUUUAAAAAAAAGAAUAUUUUUAGUAAAAAUAAGAUCCAGUUAUGUAUCUCAACUAGCACUUGGUCCAGUAGCUUUUCCCUUGAUACUGUAGGAAGCUACGGAUGUGUCAGGUGUUCAGCUAAUAACAUGGACUAUCUGGUUGGAGUUAGCAUCAAAGUGAGCAGUUUUAACCUUACCAGGAUAGUUACCUUCACUCCGUUCUACACAAUAGCAAACAAAUCCUCCCUGGAACUAGAAGUUGGAGAAAUUGGUCCUAAUGGCUCUUUUCCAACUAACAAAUGGAAUUAUAUCUCUGCUUCAGAGUGUCUUCCAUUUUGGCCUGAAAGCUCAUCAGGUGAACUUUGUGUAAGAGUAGUUGGCUAUGAAAGCUUAUCUAAACCAUUCCUCUUUAAAGCCCAGGAUAACGGUACCCUGCUAAGACUGGAAGAAUUGAAUGGGGGCUUACUGGUAGAUGUGAAUGUUUCUGAGCAUUCUACUGUCAUAAGCUUCUCUGAUUACCAUGAAGGAGCUGCUCCAGCUCUUAUUGUUAACCAUACCUCGUGGGACUCCCUCAGAUAUAAACAGAGUGGAUUGCAAGAGGAAAUGGAGUUGAAACCAAAGGAAGUAUGCCUGUUUGCAUGGACAGAUCCAACUAAAACAAGAAAAUUGACUUGGGGCUACUCCCAGAACUUUGGUGAACAUGACCUACUUAAGGAUGAAUGUGGCCAGUUCCCUUACAAUGCAAAUACUCAGAUACACUGGGUGUCUUUCCUGGAUGGACGCCAACGAGUGCUACUUUUCACUGAUGAUGUUGCAUUAGUUUCUAAAGCACGACAAGCAGAGGAGCUGGAGCAACCUGAUCAAGAAAUAAACUUGUCAAUCCACAGUCUUGGACUUUCUCUUGUUAACAAUGAAAAUAAACAAGAAAUCUCUUAUAUAGGAGUUACUAGUUCUGGUGUCGUUUGGGAACUGAAACCAAGGCAGAAGUGGAAACCAUUUAAUCAAAAGCAAAUAAACCUGUUGGAACAAGCCUAUCAGCAGUAUCUUUGUAAGAGUGCUUUCCAAGCUCAAGGUUGGCAUAAACUAGACAGCAAUACUGAGGUGAAUUUUAGUAGGGUUCCAAUGGAAAUGCGUCUCCCAGUCAGAUGCAGCAUCCGGCGCAACUUCCUGUCAGGAAUUCAGGUUGAAUUCAAACAGUCGCCUCACCAAAGAAGCUUACGGGCUCAACUGUAUUGGCUGCAGGUUGAUAAUCAAUUACCAGGAUCGAUGUUUCCUGUUGUAUUUCAUCCUGUAGCCCCUCCCAAGUCAAUUGCUUUGGAUUCAGAACCAAAACCCUUCAUUGACAUCAGCAUCAUCACUAGAUUCAACGAAUAUAGCAAAGUACUGCAGUUCAAAUACUUCAUGGUUCUUAUCCAGGAAAUGGCACUGAAAAUUGAUCAGGGAUUUUUAGGAGCACUUAGUGAAUUUUUCACUCCCUCUACAGACCCAGAAGCUGAAAAACAAAGGUCUAAAUUAAUUCAACAAGAUGUGGAUGCACUUAACACUGAGCUAAUGGAGUCUUCCCUAACAGACCUGUCAAUGCUCAGCUUCUUUGAGCAUUUCCAUAUUUCUCCAAUUAAGUUGCAUUUGAGUCUAUCUCUGGCUUCUGGUGGAGAAGCAUCAGAUAGGAGAGAAGAAAUGAUAGCCAUCCAUUCUCUGAAUUUGCUGUUGAAAAGUAUUGGAGCCACUCUAACAGAUGUGGAUGAUCUUAUUUUCAAACUUGCUUUCUUUGAAAUUAAAUAUCAGUUCUACAAGAGAGACCAACUGAUGAAGAGAGUUGUUAGACAUUAUAGUGAACAACUCCUGAAACAGAUGUAUGUUCUGGUACUUGGAUUAGAUGUUCUUGGAAAUCCAUUUGGCUUAAUCAGAGGAUUGUCUGAGGGAGUAGAAGCUUUCUUCUAUGAGCCAUUCCAGGGUGCUGUUCAAGGACCUGAAGAAUUUGCUGAAGGCUUUGUAAUUGGUGUUAGAAGUCUUCUUGGACACACAGUGGGUGGUGCAGCGGGGGUGGUAUCUAGGAUUACUGGUUCUGUUGGAAAAGGCUUGGCUGCUAUUACUAUGGAUAAAGAAUUCCAGCAGAAACGGAGAGAGGAAAUGGGUCGGCAGCCAAAAGACUUUGGUGACAGCCUGGCCAAAGGAGGAAAAGGCUUGUUACGGGGCGUUGUCGGAGGUGUGACAGGCAUAAUCACUAAACCUGUAGAAGGGGCUAAAAAAGAAGGUGCAGCUGGAUUCUUUAAAGGAAUUGGAAAGGGGCUUGUAGGAGUGGUAGCCCGCCCAACGGGUGGCAUUGUAGAUAUGGCAAGCAGUACCUUCCAGGGAAUUCAAAGGGUAGCAGAAUCAACUGAAGAAGUAUCUAAUCUCCGUCCUCCACGUUUCAUUCAUGAAGAUGGCAUCAUCCGGCCGUAUGAUAGAGUGGAAGCUGAGGGUUAUGAUUUAUUUGAGCAAGAACUGGAAUAACGGAGUAAACAUUUUCCAUAUUUCUUUCUGUAUUUCCAUCAUGGUCUUUUAUCUGCCUUAAGUAUUUAGAUAUAAAGGGCAUGAUCGGAUUUAACUUGUCCUCUCCCCUUGAUUCUUAUCUUUUCUGUGUAGCAGUCUAUUAAAACAGUGUUUCAUGUUGUCCAGGCUAAGAAAACAAACUUGAAUAACCAUCUUCAGUAAGAUUAGAUGAGUGAGUAAGAGGAGAGAGACAAGGAGGGUCCUUUGUUUUCUGUAUAUUUGUUUUUCUAAGGAUGCUUAGCUCCUUAGAAAUGGCAACAACAGAAGGCACUUGGAAAGAAAAAUAAACACCAUGAUAGGGUAGACAUUGACUUCAUUUAUUAGCUUUCUCUUAGAGCUAGGGCUGUGAAUGAAGGGAGAAAGCAAUAUUUUUAUACUUGUGCAAAAUUUAAAAUAGUGAUACUGAAUGGUAUUUUUUCCAGUGAAAAUGCUUAUAAUACCAUGAUGCAGAGAUACUGCUUCCAUAUAAAUGUGAAGAAAACUUGCAUUUGUGGUUUCUGUAAUAGGCCAUAAGCCUGUCACUUAUAAAUCUGGUGAACCACUAUCACUUCAAGUUGCUAUUACUACUGCUUCUUUAUGAAAUUUUAUCAAUUAAAAAAUAUAGCCAGCUCAGUUGCCUCUGGUUUCAUUUGCAGAAUCUUCUGGGGCUUUGAUGUUCAGCAUACUAAAAUGUAAACUUUCAGCUGUUAACGUGAAUUUACAUAUAUGUAUAAAUAAAAAAAUAUAUAUUUCUAAAUUAAGUGAUGCCAUAAAUUUAAUUUCUAAUAGAGCUUCUCAUGAAUUAACAAGCUAAGCUUAACAAACUGUUCUCAGAGCAAAUUGUUCACCUGUCGUACGUGAAAAAAACUGAAUAGAGACAUCUCUGAUGCUAAUGCCUUUUUAGAAUGUAGUGGUCAAUAGCUUACUGAAUUUAAUUUUUUUUUUAAUAAAACAUUUAGUGAAUUUUUAGUUUAGCUGAUUGAAUGGAAUUUUGUUGUUGUGAUACUCUAAACAGACCCAUUUUUUUCAUGUAGUGAGAUUUUUUUAUUUUUAUUUUUUCUUUCUUCAAAAAGGACAAUAUAGCACAGUUAACACCAAAAACUGGAUAUUAGCAGUUCCCGCACAUCUAAUAUUUGAAUUUUUCUUAAAUCUAAAUGAUGUAGAUUGGAAUUGCAUACUAACCAAGAAUGAAUCCUCUAUUUAGUUCACUACAUACGGUUUCUUCCUUUUGGAAGUCAGUUAAUUGAAUGCAGGGGGUUUUGUUGUUGGUGGUUUGUUGUUUUGGUCUUUUUUAACUAACUGGUUUUGAUUAUUAUGCUAGAGGUUAGUGUUGGGGAGGCUUCAUUUUCUAGUGUUAAUUACAAGCAAGAGGGGGACAGUGUCUUCACAGGAAAUAAGAUAUUUAGCAAGGAAGAUGAGUCAAAAUCAGUUAUAUGCAUUUACAAAUUUAAUUGCAAAUAACUCAUAGGUACUAGUGUUGUUUGCAUUUGAAUCCAGUUUUGACCCAAUGUUAUGAGUAGUUUAAUCAGAAUCCCUACCCUCUCAUCUAUUUUAACUUAACUUUAAUUCAUACAUCCCUUGAAAAUAAAUACAUGCUUACAAGGUUGAAGCCUCGUAAGGUUACCUUAAGGUGCCUCAAUACUAUCCAGUGGUUGUACAAAAAGAUGUUUCACUUAAAUACUCAUUUGUAUGUGAAAUGUAGAUAUUGGUAGACAUUAGAGCUUGGCUUAAGAGGGGCAUAUAUGUAGGUCUUAAAAGACAUGUUACUUUUUUCCACUUGAAGUUGUGGGGCAUUUUUGUACAGAAUAAGGACAGUCGCCAGAUGGAGUAGAUCAGUUGUAUAAACUUGUUCAUGCAGUGUGUUUUCCCAGAAGUGCUGGAUCUAAUGUAUAUGGGCUAUAUAGGGAUCUGCUCAGUCAAUUCAAAACCUGGAAAGUUAGAUUUAACAUCUUGCAGACCAAGUCUCUAGCUCAUGCAGUGAAGCUCAGUAUUAUAGAAUGCAUUUUCUUAAGCAUAAAUGCACAGUAUGUGUAGCUGGAGAGAACAAAGAACAAAUAGGACAACUCCAAGGAAUAAGUUCUCACGAGUGCUAAUCUUUGUAUGAUGAGUGUUUGCAGUCGAUGAGAUGUGCUAGAGCAGGUAAUGAAUGCCUUUGGCUUUGUUAGUCUUUGCAUUUUAAUAUGCAGGUAUUGCUGCCUGCUCUGGUUGAGGAGGCUGUCUUCUAACCCCAGCACUUAGGGUCUGACAUGAUGCAAUUCAUACAUUAUUCAAUGCCUAUGGCCUUACUUUGUUUCAUUUCCCAGUUAAAGCAUAGAGCAUAGCAUAGAGCAUUAUAAAGAAUGCAGAAUGUUUCAUGAAUAAUUGAGACAUCGUGGUAAGACAGUGCUGUGGCAAAGAGAAUACUGUGCUAGAAACUGCAGAUUCUAUUUAAGUCACACUUCUGCUGUGUAAAUUUGCACUGGUUCUUUCAUUUCCACAUAAAACAAGAAUGCGUUGAGCUUUUAAGUGUUCUAGUAUUCUUGUAAAAAUAAAAGCAUUUGGUAAAGAUGCCUGAAUUUUAAGAGUGUGUAAAUCAUGGAGUAAUUUGCAGCAAGUGCAACCUCCUUUUUACAUAAUGCCACCACCAUUGUGCUGGUGUCUACCAGGUGUACUGAGAAUAGCUCGGAGUAAUAUUGCAUCUCUUAAGCACAGAGCUCAGUGGGAACUCUUACUUUAGUAACACUGCAUGUAAAAUACAAAAAAUACUAUCGGGAUUGUUUCUGAAGUUACGAGAAACAGGCUUUCUCUCCAAAGCUUUGAGUUUAAAUAGAAGAAACAUGCUUAUGAAUAAAUCUGUUCAAAUAUGUGGCACAUCUCAUUUCUGCAUAUCCAGCAAAGGGAUUCAGAACAUGGAUUGCAGCCUUUGAACUGCACUCUUACAUGGCGAUGGGUUUUGUAUUUCUUAAUUUUUUACUUGUUUUUCAAAUAGUUAUGGUUCAGGUAUAAAAUGUGAAUUCAUAUUUCAAUUUUAGACAUGCUGCCAUCUUUCUUCUGAUGUUUUGAAGGGACUUUGAGAUAAGCAGUCUUUCUGGCAUUUUUUUCUCUUUCACGUAUGUUUUAGGGUUUCAGAAAUUUUUAAGAUGGUCAGAAAGUACUAUUUUUUUUAUAGAAGAUGUGGACUCUAUAUUUUUGGUUGCUGGAAAUGCUGAAUUAAUGUUUUUCAAAAUGUCAUGUCACUAGGGAGCAAAUCCAGAAAAAAAAAUGUUGUUGAUUUAAACUCUUGAAUAUAAAUGUACUUUUGAUCUUAAAGGAUUUUUGGGGGUUGGUUAUGAUGUAUGAUGAUGCUUGAAGACUUUUGUUGAACUUUUAAAUAUAUGCAAAUAUAAGUAAAUGUUGACGCCUCUUUUAAUUGAUUCUGAUAUAAGCUGAGUUGACAAAAGAUCUUUCCAUUUGGGUUACUUAAACUAUAGGGAGUUCUAGGCCUGCAUGGUUGAUCAUAGACUGAUAAAUGUGGAGUCAGGUUUAGCUUCUGUUGUCAUCUUACCGUUUUUAUAGAUACAGCUACGGAAAUACAGAAUGGAAUAUAUCUUGACAAGGACUAACUAAAAACACACUGAAUUUUUAGUCCUUCCUCUUUAAAUUAUUCACGCUAGUUUGUCAGAAACAGCUUGAGAAAUUUACCAUUAUACAGAGGCUAGAUUCCACAGUAACAUCUGUAAAAUUAACUUAAGGUCAUCUUAUUUUGCUAUGAAGAACAUCAAACCAAUUUUGGGGCAUCCGUGCCCUUGCUAAAACUUGCUCUGAGGUGCAUGCAUCCUGCAUCCAGGCAAAGCAUGUAUGGCCUUCAGUCUUCAUGAUGUUUCCUCACAUUCCUACACAGGAACUGUACAUUUUCCAAUAAAACAGAUUAAAUGAUAAAAAGGGAGUUGUGUUGUCUUAGAGAUUGCAAAGCUAACAUGCAUUGACAGUGUACCUAUGUAACUGUCUUUGCUAAUUUUUGCUGUGUAAACAUUAUUUACAAGUGGAAAGUGUAUUUUGUAAAGUUUUUUUUUUGCACUGAUCUAACAUUCUUAGUAGGUGUUUGAGAUGCAUGUGCCAUAGGUGAAAUUUCAGCAUCUCUGUUGAUUUCACUGUGGUGAUAGUUGAAAGCUCUUUAUCUUAGCAAUAAAUGGUAAGUUUUAUGGUGUGACCUAGGAAGACUGUAGUAGUUGGAGCUUCUGUAAAACCCUCUGUUGAUCACCGUCGUAAUUUUUAAAUAUAAAAAGCUCGCGGUUGUCAGAGAACAUAACUAGGUUAGUGUCCCUGACCAGGCUUUUGUGACUAGUAUGCUAGAGCCCUGUCUUUGUUAGAAGCCUCUUGAGUGUACACAGAAUCCAGAUGCUUUUUCUGGUUAGUGUCCUGGGGCAAAGUCCAGGGUAUGCACACCUUCUUUCCAACAAUUGUUUCCAGGGUUGAGACUAUGUAAUCCAACUGUUGGCUUCUAAAGAUUUUCUAGUUUCUUACAAAUAACUUCAUAGAAUUUCAACUUCAGUGGCUCUUUGAUUUGCAGGUUCAGACAUGAGAUGACUGAAGUAUAGGGAAGUAUAUAUCGCAUAUUUCAACUAUACUUAGCUUUGCAGUCCAAAAUAAAUGCUGAACUAAUUUUAAACUAGAUGUUUAUAUUGCUUGUUUCAUUAUUUUUUUUUUUUUUCAUGCUAGGAGUUUUCACCUUAAAAUGUAACAGUGUAUGGCUUCCCCAAAGAGAAGGGUCUGCCUGGGUAUUUUAAGGGCUUCCCUUUGGAGUGUUCUGCUGGUAGCUGGUUUUAGAUAAGAUGUAUGUCAUAGAACACUGUUACUGUGGUAGGCUUGCUAUGGAGAGAAUUCAUGAUCUCUGCAUUUAAUGCAACCUGUGUACAGGUAAGGUUCUUCAGUAGCAAUUACGUGUUUCUUGUGUACAAUGACAAUUACAGUCUGAAUGUGAAUUCUAGCCACCUUACAGCUACUAAAUAUAUACAGAAUUAUAACGGAAAACAUGUAUUUAAUUGCAGUAGACCACUUCUGUCUUGAAAACUAACAUUCAUUCAAACUAGUAACCCAAGUAUGUUUGCCUGUAACACAGUGCUGUGUUAGUUAAUCAAGCUGGUAGCAAAGCAGAGUGGAUAGAAGGAGAUUGCCUGCUCUCUGACAAAUUUGUAUCAGGAGCAUCAGUAGUUGGCACAGAUGUAUUAUCAUGCCCAGUUGGAGGUUGGGCUCCCAUUGGUAGUACAUUAUUCAUUUCACAAUUUUAUCUUUUUCUAUGUGAUGCUUUGACGUGUAUCCAUUUCCCACAAAAACAUUGAUGUGUCACUCUGUGAACCUUGUUGCCUUUAAGCCAGUGUUAUUGUGAGCUUGAUUUAGGGAUGACUGUGACUGUCUUUUGUGCUGCUCUUCAUUGUUGGUGGAAUAUUGUAAACAUGGUGGCAUGCUUUACAAAAUAUACUUCAGUUAAGCAGCAUGUGCAGAAUGGGAAAUCUGAAAAAUAUGUAAUCAAAAAAUUAGUGAAGUGAAAAAAAUAGCUCAGAAGCACUUCAGUACUUAAUUGUAAAACUUUAACCUCUGUAUUCAUGGUUUGUCACUUGAGUUGUAGCUGUCCAACAAAAACUUGAUGAGUGAUUUAAUCUGCACUUCCAUAUACUUUCUUAUUUGGGAUGUUGAAUAGGCAUGUCCAUUCAGUGCUUCAGAAACCUAAUCUUGAGGUGCAUUGAGUAUUUGUAACUUGACGGUUUAUUUCUAAGGGUCUGGGUCAUGUGCUGCUGCCUCUUAAAGGUACUGUUGCAGGUUUUUCAUGCUUGAAUCAAGUCUGCAGCAUGGGGUGUAACAGAACAGAAAGGACAUUAAAACUGUAGAAAUACUCAGCUUCAUGAAUGAGAACACGGUGAGAGCCUGCCUUUAAAGCACCUGUUCAACAAAGCAACUUUUUAAAAGGCGUUUGAAUUGAAAACACUGCUUUGAGUUUCCUUUUACAGCCCAAAAAUUAUUUUCUGUUUCUA